AUGGCGCAGGGCCCCACAAAAAUAGGGCCCCAAAAUAUUGCUAAUGUUGAACAAGAGGAAAUUGUGGAUGGUGUUGUUAAUAAGGAGAAUGCCAAUAUUUCCCAUAAUUCUGAACAAAAUAUGGACCAUAAUUCUGAUCAUACUAACCGCAAUGUUGAACAAAAUGAAUCUGUUUAUGUUGACAUAUAUGAUCCAAGAAAAUGGGAUUCUCUUGAGUCUAAAUUAAUUGACAUUUUGGCUGUAAAUGGCCCCAAAAGAGACUUGAGCAUUGUGAAAGGCCCCAAAGACAAAUUUUCUCGUAGAUUUUCUUCAACCUUUUAUACAAGAUAUUUGUCGAAUGGUGAAACUUGUGAUAGGGAAUGGCUUGUUUAUUCGAAAGAGCUUGACAAAGUGUUUUGUUUUUGUUGUAAGAUUUUUAAAAAGGGUCCUAGUCCUGAGAAAGGUAAUUUAAUAAAUGAAUGA